GCCGAUUCAAACAUCUCCACCUUCAGCAAGCGGCAUAGUUGCAGUGUCUCCAAUUAUCCACCAAAGAUACGACAUACCCCCUCUACGUGCUUGAUCCGAACUACGAUACGAGUCAUCAAAAUGGCGUCCCAGAACGUCAACGUCCUCCUCUCGACCUUUCCCGGUCUCUCACUUCCUUCAACCCUCUCAUUCUCGCUGCCGUCAUCGUCCAGCGUCGCCGAUCUGACCGAGAAGAUCACCUCAUACCUCCCUCACACUCUGCCCCUCGAGUCCCUGAUCUUGACCACAACCAACAACAAGCAACUUCUCCCCUCAUCCGAAUCUCUCUCAUCCUACCUCGAUGGCACCAUCCUCCCCCUCCGUCUCAGCGUACCCCUAUGCGGUGGUAAGGGUGGUUUCGGAUCCCAGCUCCGUGCCGCUGGUGGCCGCAUGUCCAGUAAGCGCAAGCGCAACCAGGGCGACGACAAUGGCUCCAGCCGCAACCUCGAUGGCCGCCGUCUGCGCACAGUCAACGAAGCCAAGGCAUUGGCCGAGUACCUCGCCUUGAAGCCGGAGAUGGACAAGAAGGAGAAAGAGGAGCGUCGGCGCCGGUGGCAGGCUGUCGUGGAGGCUGCGGAAAAGCGUCAGGAGGAGCUGAAGAACGGAGGUGGUAAGCAGAAGCUUGAUGGACAGUGGAUGGAAGAUAAGGAGGAGAUGAACGAGAAGGCUAGAGAGGCGGUUCUUAUGGCCAUGAAGGAUGGCAUGUGGACGGAUAAUUUGCGCGAUACGAUUUUGGGUGGAUCUAGUACGAGUGCGAGCGAGGGAAGCGGUCAGGAUACUCCGUCCAGCUCUGAAGAGGAGAGUGAUGAUGAGCAGGAGAUGGAGGAUGCGUCUGGACCGUCAGAGCCGGCUCGCAGCGCUGCGCCUAGGCGGUAUAUUGGGUUUGAUGAGGAUGAUGAGUUCAUGAGCGAUUCUGAGGAAGAGGAGGAGCCGGCUGAUGAUCCUAAGGGGAAGGGAAAGGCCAAGGCUUGAUUAAUUGCGAUCUUGUUCAUGCGGUUGAUGGAGUACGGUUACGGUUUGGGUUUCUUUUCAUGAUAUUGCCCGUCAUUCAUAUCAGGGUCUGCGGAGCACGGUUAUUCAAGCUUCAUAGCUAGCGUACAGGUUUUAUGAAAAUAAUAUUCUAUGUUCUUUCUAUAA